UCUUUGAACUGCGAACAGUUUUGGUCAACGGGAUAGCCUCCCAUGCUUUGGCUUCCCGCCUCUUCAUUGUGGUUCUGAUCCCUCGCUGCUUUCCUUCUCGAACCUGCUGGGGUGCAGUCGGGAGCCCGUCAGCGCGCCAGACGGCUGUCCGGACCUGCGAGGGUGGGAGGCGGCCGCCAGCCCUGUCCCCUCGCAGCCCCCGCCCCGCCGCGCAGCGGUGCUCACCCGGGGUAGCUGGCUGUGCCUGGCGCUCCGGCAGAGCGCGGCAUGCAGUCUCUCAACAUCACCCGGGAGCAGUUCUCCAGGCUGCUACGGGACCAUAACCUGACGCGCGAGCAGUUCAUAGCGCGCUAUGGGCUGCGGCCGCUUGUCUACACCCCGGAGCUGCCGGGGCGCGCCAAGCUGGCCUUCGUGCUCACCAGCGUGCUCAUAUUUGCCCUAGCGCUCUUUGGCAACGCGCUGGUGGUCUAUGUGGUGACCCGCAGCAAGGCCAUGCGCACCGUCACGAACAUCUUCAUCUGCUCCUUGGCGCUCAGCGACCUGCUCAUCGCCUUCUUCUGCAUCCCGGUCACCAUGCUACAGAACAUCUCUGACACCUGGCUGGGGGGUGCCUUCAUUUGCAAGAUGCUGCCAUUUGUCCAGUCAACUGCUAUUGUGACAGAAAUUCUUACUAUGACCUGCAUUGCUGUGGAAAGGCACCAGGGACUUGUGCAUCCUUUUAAAAUGAAGUGGCAAUACACCAACAGAAGGGCUUUCACCAUGCUAGGUGUGGUCUGGCUGCUGGCAGUCAUCGUAGGAUCACCCAUGUGGCAUGUACAACGCCUUGAGAUUAAGUAUGACUUCUUGUAUGAAAAGGAGCAUGUCUGCUGUCUGGAAGAGUGGGCCAGCCCUGCGCACCAGAAAAUCUAUACGACGUUCAUCCUUGUCAUCCUGUUCCUCCUGCCUCUUAUGCUGAUGCUUAUCCUGUACACUAAAAUUGGUUAUGAACUUUGGAUAAAGAAAAGAGUGGGGGACUGCUCAGUGUUUCGAACUAUUCACGGAAAAGAAAUGUCAAAAAUAGCCAGGAAGAAGAAGCGAGCUGUCAUUAUGAUGGUGACAGUGGUGGCUCUCUUUGCUCUAUGCUGGGCACCUUUCCACAUCGUGCACAUGAUGACUGAAUACAGCAAUUUUGAAAAGGAAUAUGAUGAUGUCACAAUCAAGAUGAUUUUUGCUAUCGUGCAAAUAAUUGGAUUUUCCAAUUCCAUCUGUAAUCCCAUUGUUUAUGCAUUUAUGAACGAAAACUUCAAAAAAAAUUUUUUGUCUGCAGUUUGUUAUUGCAUAGUAAAAGAAACCUUAUCUCCAGCACGAAGGCAUGGAAAUUCAGGAAUUACAAUGAUGCAGAAGAAAGCAGUGUUUUCCCAGAGAGAGAACCCAGUGGAGGAGACAAAAGGAGAAGCAUUCAGUGAUGGCAACAUUGAAGUCAAAUUGUGUGAACAAUCAGAGGAGAAAAAAUACAUCAAAUGACAUCUUGCCCUGUUCAAUUCUGAACUUUCUGAAAAUUCUGCUUUAGGUGGUGGCCGCUAA